ACGUGGUUCCUUCAGAAAGUGUGCUGCAUCUUCUCCAGACUUCUGCGGUUUAUGAGGAGCCAGUAACAGUGAUGAACUCCGAGCAGGAAAGGCCGUUCGUGUGCAGUGCCCCGGGCUGCUCUCAGAGAUUCCCUACGGAGGAUCAUCUAAUGAUUCAUCGGCACAAGCACGAGAUGACCCUCAAAUUCCCAUCCAUCAAAAACGACAACAUGCUGUCCGACCAGACACCGACCCCGACACGCUUCUUGAAGAACUGUGAGGAGGUAGGCCUCUUCAGCGAGCUGGACUGCUCCAUCGAGCAAGAGUUUUGUAAGGCUCAGGAGGAGGAGGACAGCAAACAGAAUAUCACUCUUCAUGGGCAAGGAGGCCCUAACCAGCACCAGCAGCAGACCCACUCAAGAAUGGGCAAUCAUGACAGCAGCAUAGUGAUUCAGCAGGCGCUGCCCUCACCCCAGUCCAGUUCCGUCAUUACUCAGGCCCCUUCCACCAACAGACAGAUCGGGCCAGUGCCUGGUUCCCUUUCCUCGUUGUUGCACCUGAGGAACAGACAGCGACAGCCAAUGCCGGCCUCCAUGCCUGGCACACUGCCUGACCCCUCUAUGCAAGGAUCUUCUGCCGUUCUGAUGCCUAUGGAGAGGCAAAUGUCCAUGGGCUCCAACAUGAUGGGCAUGCAAGGCCCCACCCACAGCAGCUCAUGCUCCUCCCCUCAUGUUCCAUCAUUGCACUCAGAGGCAAAACUGAGACUAAAAGCCGCCCUUGCCCACCAUCCAGGGGGCAUGGCAAAUGGAAGCAUGAACUCCAUGGGUCAUAUGAUGGAGAUGAUGUCAUCGCGGCAGGAGCAGGGCGGGCACCACCACCUGCACUCCCUCCCUCACCAGCACAUGCAGGGCCCACCUCACGGAUACCCGCACCAUGCCCACCAUCAUCUCAGCCAUGCACAGAGCAGCCAUCAUCACCCACAGAGCCACGGGCACCACAACUCCCACCCACCCCACCUCCACCCUGCACACGGACAUCAGACCUCUCCACAUCCACCCAUGCACUCUUCACAGUUAUCUCCAGCAGCGCAGCAAAUGCAACCAACACAGACCCUCCAGUCCCCGCCACCCAGUGGAGGUCGUCGCAGACGAGUCGUGGACGAAGACCCUGAUGAGCGCAGACGGAAGUUUCUGGAAAGGAAUCGGGCGGCCGCCACACGCUGCAGACAGAAAAGGAAAGUUUGGGUGAUGUCUCUAGAAAAGAAAGCAGAGGAACUCACCCAAACCAACAUGCAGCUGCAGAAUGAGGUCACCAUGCUAAAGAAUGAAGUGACACAACUGAAACAGCUUUUGUUGACCCAUAAGGACUGCCCCAUCACCGCCAUGCAGAAAGAGUCGCAAGGUUACCUCAGUCCAGAGAGCAGUCCGGCAGGAAGUCCCACCCCUGCGACCCAACAGCAGGUCAUCCAGCACAAUACCAUCACCACCUCCAGCACGCCACCCAAUCACCGCACAGAUAUUAACCCCAUGCACUAGAGACUCAAAUUCUCAGGCCCCAAAAUCCCCAACGCGGGCCCAAGCUGGACAUCCUGACUGCAAACUCUGUGGACAGACACACACCUAUGUGCCUCUGUGGCAGCUUUCUCUUCUGUUUGACUUUUGUAAAUGUAAAAUGAUUCACAUGUUGUUUAGUUCCAAGUGUUCUGUUUGCUUUGUAACCUUUUGAGUUAGCUUCAAAACAGGCAGUCUGCAUAAUUCAUCGAGCACCAUCUCACUUGUCAUGAAUUUCACUGAUGGGUUGUUGUGGAAACACCAACACUACAUCUGUUACUGGAUUACUACUGGAGUACUGUCUUUAUAAAUGAGCAACAUUCGGAUAGUAGCUGGAGCUGUCUUUUCCAAUGCCAAAAAUAUGCUGUUUGUGUCCUUUCGGUUCUGUUAGGUUUUUAUAACACUUACUCUCACAUUCCCAAUAUUUGUCUAAUUAAAAGGAAUAAAUGAGGAAAGUUAGUGAAGGUCAGUGCUGAUGAAGGCAAACUGAAGCAAUAUGAAUCUUUUAUGAGCUCAGCAAUCUGAUCUUCACCUGUGUCUUCACCUGCUUGCUUGGACCACAAUAUGGAUCUGAUUAAGCUCAACCUAUUAGCCUUCUGCCAUUUCAGAUGUAAGUUUAAAAGUAACAAAUAUCUGAGUUAUUUUCUUAAAACAAAACAGCUUUGGUACAUCUGGUACAGAUCGUGUAAAUGGAGUGCAUAUAUCAAGCUGAAACAGGUUCCUGUAAGCAUAUGCCCUGCUGAACAUGUGUGACAUUUCUGGACAUUCCCAGAGAGAUCACAGCUGCAGUCAUGUUGUCCUGCUUAUGAACACCAGGAAGUCAUCUCACUUGGCUUUUAUGUUUGAACAUUUCCGAAGAUACCAGCAGCUAUUUCAUUUGAACUUGGUUGGAUUUACCCCUGGUCAUCAUCAAUUUAGAUACUAUUUUUACUUGUGGCAAUUAAUUUGGGUAUCUGUUUAGAAUCAGUUAGUGGACUGAAUAUUACGCCACAUUUUUAAUGGGGUUUUGAGGUCUUCUGCUCAGAGUAUGAUCAGACAGUAUAAUUAAGUGCUCAUACAUGGUGUUUCCCUAACCACCAUCCAAAAUGCUCCAUCACUUUCUCAAAUCUUGCACCUGAAUAGUGCCAUGAAAAAAUUAAAGCAUUUGCUGUACCUGAGGCUAUGGAAAACUUCUACUGGAGACAAAUGCUUUGCUAUACAGAAUAUGCAACUUAAAAUUAGCUCUAUUUUUUGCUGAAAGUAUUGAUUUAGAGGCAUACAUUUUACUCUAACAGUUAGGCCAAUGCAUAUGAUAGGAUAUAUCUUAAUAUGUCCCAGUUUGUAUUAGAGGCCUAUAUAUCAUGGCACACAGAAAACCUUAUGAGUUGUUCUUCAUGAUAUUGAACAGGGUAAAUUCUGCAGUAAACUAUAGGAGUCCCCAAGAAAUUCUGUAGAAGCCCAUGGACGUUUCUGUAAAGGUGCUGUUGUAUCGGAGGUGUUAGUUUACAUGCAGCAACUUACAACAUGACAUUCCAAAGUGAAAUCUGUUUGUGCCCUCUGCAUACUGUAGUUGUAAGGGAUAUAUGUGCAAGGUCCUGUAUCUAUGAGCAUGGACUGUAAACUGGCCAUUGUUGCUUUGAGACAUUGUUUGUGAGUAGUGUGUGAACCCUGAUAAGGUUACAUCCUUAUCUCUUAGCAACUUUUUUCUUCUCUAAUUGCAAAUGACUUAUAACCAAGCUAUUUGGUGCCCUUUUCUUUUUUACUUUGCUGUAAAAAUGUAGCAUUUUACUAUAUUUGCGCAGGUACUGUUCUAGACUGAUCUAGACUUUGCUCUCCAAAUUUCACAAUGUGUCUUAUCUAAUCAGAUAGGGAGGAAUGCCAGCCAUUAAUAAUACCUUGAUAUCAUUGCAUUUAUUAUCAAUCCCUAUUGAAGGCCUUAAUAAUGUUUAAAAUUUUUGUAAAGGAGAAACUAUAUUUCAGUGAGUGUUUUACUUUGUUUGUUUUUGUUUUUGUUUGGUUUGGUUUGUUUCUUAAAGGAAUAGU